GGCUCCAAAAUGCCCUUAAAGAAACACGAUGCAUUCGUAUGAAGGAAACCUUAAAGGCUCCAUGUUCUAUAACCAGGUCAGUGAGAGGUUCCACAAAGCCUCAUUUAUUCUAAUAGGAUUAGCUGCUACAGCCUGGGACGCUCCAGCGUCAACUCAGCUCGUGAGCAGGGAUUCACUACUAUCAACAUGUCGACCAUAAUAUUUUCGUUCUUCUGUUCAGUGUUUUGUUGAAUGACCAGUGAUGGUUCUGUGAAGGUUACAGUUUUCUGAAUGGUUGGGAUUCCCUGUGAGUCUGAUGGGGCUGCUGGAUAAACUGUCGCGUUGGCUCGGCCUGAGGAAGAAAGAGGUCAACGUGCUGUGUUUGGGUCUGGACAACAGUGGGAAAACCACCAUCAUCAACCAGCUGAAGCCUCCGCAUCAGACCAAUCUUUUAGGCCCACUGUCACCAGAGUGGAAACAUGUGACUCAGACACCGGCGCAGGAGAUCGUCCCAACGAUCGGCUUCAACAUCGAAAAGUUCAAGUGUUCCAGCCUGUCCUUUACAGUGUUUGAUAUGUCUGGACAGAGCAGAUACAGGAACCUGUGGGAGCAUUACUACAAAGAAAGCCACGCCGUUAUAUUUGUCAUUGACAGCGGUGACAAACUGAGGAUGGUUGUUGCCAAAGAGGAGCUGGAUAAUCUGCUCAACCACGAGGUGCAAAGAAUGACAGACAAGCUGGAGGACACCAGUCUGCGCCUCAGGGACGAGAUGGAUCUUUACAGGAAAAUGAUGGAGAAACUGAAAGAGAACAGACUUCAGUUCCAGAAGGAGAAGGAGGCCAUGCAGGAGGUGAUAGAAGACUUGCGACGAGAACUGGAGCACCUUCAGAUGUUAAAGCUGGAAGGAGAAAGACCUGGUCGCAGCCGCACGUCCUCCACCAGCAUGGCAGACUUUAACAGCAGGAGCAGAGAGAUGGAGCUGGAACAUGAGGUCAAAAGGCUGAAGCAGACCGGUGGUUCAUUUAGAGCUGCACACUCUUCAUUCCCUUGUGGACACUUCUUGUUUUUCAGUGCCAGCAAUGCUGUUAAAGGAGAAGGUCUGCAGGAAGGACUGGACUGGCUUCAAGAUCAUGUCAAAACCAUGAUCAAACCCUGA